AUGACACUUGCCUCGUUGGUGGGUUUGGAUCGAUCUUGCCCUUGUUAUGCCGCCGUCGAUGCCAUAUGCGACUACUAUACCCACUUGGACCGACGACCGGUCAAGGCCGAGGUGGAACCGGGGUAUCUUCUUGCCCAACUACCUGGUGAAGCCCCUCAAACUGGCCAACCUUUCCCUUCCAUCGCUCGUGACUUUCAGCGUCUCAUCUUACCGGGGAUCACCCAUUGGCAACACCCCAGCUUCUUCGCCUACUUUCCCGCUAUAUCCACCUUCGAGAGCAUGCUAGGAGAUCUCUAUGCCGCAAGUGUUAGCAAUCCAGGUUUCAACUGGGUAUGUUCCCCAGCGUGCACAGAACUCGAACAAGUUGUCAUGGACUGGAUGGCCAAGAUAUUAGGUCUGCAUCCUUCAUUUCAUAUAGGGAGUGGGAAGGGAGGGGGAAUAAUCUCGGUACGUUGGUCCAACAUAUCUCCAGUUGGUGAUGUCACUCGGCUGAAGAGUAGGGAACCGCUUCAGAAGCAGCUUUCACAGCUGCAAUGGCGGCCAGGGAAAGGGCUCUACGGUAUCUCAGCGACGGUCUUGACCAGUCCAGGAAUGGACGCUGUCCCGGGAUCUCCAAUUUCCAACGAGGUCCGAGAGAAGUGGUCUCAAAAGCUUGUGAUGUAUGGCAGUACUCAAACCCACAGCAUUGCUGCCAAGGCCGCUCGACUACUGGGUCUUCGAUUCAGAGCGGUCCAUGUGACCGCCGCCGACGGCUACGCUCUUCGUGGAGAUGCUCUUCGAGAAGCGAUCGAGGCCGACGUAGCCACCGAUCUGGUACCGUUCUUUGUCGUCGCGACAAUCGGAACAACCUCUACCGGUGCAGUCGACCAUAUCGCAGACAUUGGUCAAGUCUUGAACUCCUACCCCACCGCGUUUCUCCAUGUUGAUGCUGCUUGGGCAGGGAUGGCUUAUGCCCUUCCAGAGUAUCGAGCGAAGCUUCGUCUCGACGAGGUCAACACAUAUGCUCAUUCAUUCUGCGCCAACGCUCACAAAUGGGGUCUCGUGGGGUUUGAUUAUUCGCUAUUUUACAUCAGGGACAGGAAGGAUCUGACAGAGGCUCUGGAUGUCACACCAGCGUUCUUGCGGAGUAAAGAAGGUGAUUCAGGAAUUGUCAUCGACUAUCGCAACUGGCAAUUGGCUCUGGGAAGACGGUUCAGGAAUGUCAAACUGUGGUUCGUCCUCCGAAGUUACGGCGUUGAUGGGUUGCAAAAACAUCUACGAUCAGGAAUCCAUCACUGCCGAAAAUUGGCAGAUCGGAUCAGGUCGUCAAAGGAUUUUAAACUCGUCGCCGAACCAAGUCUGAGUCUACUCGUCUUCCGUCUUCAGCCACAGGGAUACGAGGGAGGCGAGGACGAUGACCUGAAUAGGUUGAACAAGACCCUGCAUGAGCGUCUGAUGGCGAGGAGUGACGUGUUCUUGACUCGGACGGUGAUCAAGACUGAGGAAGGGGAGAUGACCUGCAUCCGGUUUGCCAUGGGUGGACUGAAGACGACAUUGGAGUGUGUGAACGCGACUUGGGACGUUGUGGAGCAAGAGGGAGCUGCGGUGUUUGCGAAGGAUGAGUAG